GCAACGAACUGGUGUCGAAGGAACUACAGCGAGAGCGGCUCAUCCUUGGGGGUCUCUUCGAUCUGUGCCCCCCUCUCAUUGAUUACAUUGCCCGUCGGGUUGGUGCAGACAAGUCGAAACCUCACAUUGAGCAUCUGAUGCACGAAGGGUGCGACCAUCUUCCACAAGUUGUCUCCGGCAGAUGUGAUAUCUUCAUUAACAAACACGGUGAUCAAAUAAUCAGUGCGGUUGCAGAAGGGUCCGAGUAUGCUGUUUGCGCUGCUAUUGAGGAGGGAAUCGUUCUGGCUGUGGCGCCAAAAAGAAGCAACAGACAAAGUCUGAGGCAGAACGCUGUUUUGGGAAAGGAUAAGUGUACAUGGGGACCCGCGUACUGGUGCUCUAGUGAUGAACAUGCCCGCGAGUGUGGAGCUGUGCAAUAUUGCCGGAAACAAAGUUUGAGGCAGAGCCCUGCUUUGGGAAAGGAUAAGU